AGUCUCAAAAAGACAGACCUCGUUUGCUGGUUAAUAAAGUACAUAUAGAUAACAGACUCCUAUGAGGAAAUUAGAAAAACCACUUUGUGAGACAGAGUCCUUGGGGAGUGUGGGGUUUAACCCUUAAGAAUUUUUGGACAGUAAGCCUUAACUAAUGCCAUCAGUGAUAUGGUGAAGCUGGCAAGCAACAUUUAUGAACCAAGUAAAUAUAGCUUUUUCUUCACCGCCCCAAACUCUAUUUAAACCACAAGUCAGUUUCCAAGUGAGGCAUCAAGAGUGGUGUGAGUACUGAGUAGUACCUAGCAAAGUUUCUCCCACUUUUUCUGACCCUUCUUGUUUCCCACACUCACCAUGGCUUCCAAAGCUCUGCUGUUUCUAUUGGUCACUCUUCUGCUAGUUUCCACAAGUGUUGCAUCCAUUAAUGAGGAAGAAGAGAAGCUUGAGAUUAAAUAUGUUGUUGCAGUACCAGCACCAACUCCUGUCCCAGUGAAGGAACCCACCGCUGCACCCCCAUCCAAAGCUCCAACUCCUGUACCCGCAGUCACGGCCCCCACUCCCCCCUAUAAACCCCCAACUCCUGCACCUCCGGUUAAGCCUUCCACUCCCCCCUAUAAACCCCCGACUCCUGCACCUCCGGUCAAGCCUCCCUCUCCCCCCUAUAAGCCCCCAACUCCUGCACCUCCGGUCAAGCCUCCCUCUCCCCCCUAUAAGCCCCCAACUCCUGCACCUCCGGUCAAGCCUCCCUCUCCCCCCUAUAAGCCCCCAACUCCUGCACCUCCGGUCAAGCCUCCCACUCCCCCCUAUAAACCGCCAACUCCUGCACCCCCAGUCAAGCCUCCUACUCCCCCAUAUAAACCCCCAACUCCUGCACCACCAAUCCAGGCCCCUACUCCCCCAUAUAAACCCCCAACUCCCUCACCGCCAUACAAGCCACCAACAACUCCAGUGCCUCCAACCAAGCCACCAACAGCUCCAGCACCCCCUUACAAGCCUCCACCAGCUCCUACACCCCCUUACAAGCCACCAAGUCCACCAUUGCCACCUGUUAGGACAAGAAAGGAUUGCAUCCCUUUAUGUGGGCAAAGGUGCAAACUGCAUUCAAGGACUAACAUAUGCUUGAGAGCAUGCAUCACAUGCUGUGAUAGAUGCAAAUGUGUUCCACCUGGGACAUAUGGCAACAGAGAAAUGUGUGGCAAGUGUUACACUGAUAUGAAAACUCACCGUAACAAGCCCAAGUGUCCUUGAAAAACAAAUCCAAACGACAAUUCCUGAUGUUUCUAUAUGCUUUAUCUAGAAGAAUGCAGUAAUAAGUUUUUAGAGAUGGGAGAAAAUUAAUGGUUUUCCUGUGAUGUUUUCGUUUCUACUCCUAGAGGCUAUUAAUUAUGUUAAUUAAAGAUAAUAAUAUAUAGUGAAUUCCCCUUUGUUGUUGCUAACGGAAAUUUCAGUUCCAAGUAAAUAUAAUUUGCUAUAAAUUGAUAUUUUUCAAGCACCUC